AUGGCAGCAUACAGAGAACCCAUGAGCACAACCGAAAGAGCACCAAUCUCCUCCCAAACACCACACUCCCCCUGGCAUUCACCAGUCCCUUACCUCUUCGGCGGUUUAGCAGCCAUGUUAGGUUUGAUAGCUUUCGCUCUCUUAAUCCUUGCAUGUUCUUAUUGGAAACUCUCCGGUUACCUCGAAGGUAACGGCGAAUCAGAACGCGACCUUGAAGCUGGAGACGGAACAAAUGAAACCGAUCAAAAGCCUCAGAAAGUUUACGAGGAGAAAAUCCUGGUUAUCAUGGCUGGACAAGAGAAACCAACAUUCUUAGCAACACCGAGCAUGUCUUCAAGCACAGGAACCAGUAGAUCGUCCUCUUUUGGUGAUAACACUAGUACAUGUACCUGUGACCAGAAUCAGAAACCAAAGGAAAAUAUCAAUGAUGAAGAUGAAGACGACAAUGAUGAUUCAACAGUGAAACAAGGAAGUGGUAGUGAAAAUCAUGUAAGAAGAGCAGAGAGUGUGGAAAGAACAGCAACAGGAACAACGACACAAACAACAACGGAAACAACAACGGAUGACAACGUUUGA